AUUAGUGAACACGCUGCCUUCAGGGGUUAUCUUCAUGAUUUCUCGUCGGUUUCGGUCAUUAGUUGUAAGACCAAAUGAAUGUGACCAUCGAAGCCAUUUAAUCGUAUGUUUUCGUCAGUGGAAAAUCAAUUGAUUCGCGGAGCGAUUCAAAUGUAAAGAGUGAUCGAUCUUUUGUAUAUAAAAUAUUCGAAAUUCUUUCGAUUCGAAUAGUUUAUUCAUUUUGUUUUUUUUUUUGCGUAUUCGCGCGAGUUUUUUAAUUCAUUGGAAAUCUCUAUUUAUUACAUCAAAACGACACUAUGUCUCAACAAAUGAUUUGUAUCGAAGACUUUCAAAAAUAUGCUGAUCAGCAUUUAACACCUUCUGUGAGAGAUUACUACAAUUCUGGAGCAGGAGAACAGUUCAGUUUGAAGCUAAAUACUGAAGCUUUUAAAAAAUACAGGAUAAGACCAAGAUUUUUAAGAAAUGUUUCCAGAAGAGAUUUAAGCACUACAAUUUUAGGUGAAAAAAUCUCAAUGCCAUUGGGAAUAGCACCAGCAGCUAUGCAACGUAUGGCACAUCCUGAAGGCGAAUGUGCAAAUGCUAGAGCUGCUCAGGGAGCAGGUACAAUCUAUAUACUUUCAACGAUAUCAACAAGUAGUAUUGAGGAAGUAGCUGAAGCUGCGCCAAACGCAAUAAAAUGGUUCCAAUUAUAUAUAUAUAAAGACCGUAAUGUUACUAUAAAUUUAGUAGGACGAGCAGAACGCGCUGGUUUUAAAGCUGUCGUUCUUACUGUCGAUGCACCACUUUUUGGUGAUAGACGAGCUGACAUUAGGAACAAAUUUUCUCUCCCAAAUCAUUUGAGAUUAGGAAACUUUCAGGGAGAAUUAUCGACUAAAAUAAAUAAUGCAGAAUCUGGUUCCGGUUUGAGUGAAUACGUUAUGAAUCUGUUUGAUGCCUCCUUAACGUGGGACGAUAUUAAAUGGCUUAAAAGUAUUACAAAGUUACCAAUUGUUUUGAAGGGAAUUCUUACUCCACAAGAUGCAGAAUUAGCUAUUAAAAAUGGAGUAUCAGCGAUUAUUGUUUCGAAUCAUGGUGCUAGACAAGUUGAUUGUAUUCCAGCAACGAUUGAAGCAUUACCAGAAAUAGUGAAAGCUGUAAAUGGUAAAUUAGAGAUCUAUAUGGACGGAGGUAUAAGGCAAGGUAUCGAUGUUUUCAAGGCACUUGCUUUAGGUGCUAAAAUGGUAUUUACUGCCAGACCCUUGUUAUGGGGUCUAUCUUAUGGCGGUGAGCGCGGUGCGAGAGCAGUUCUUGAAAUUUUUAGAAAAGAAAUUGAUGUUGCAUUUGCAUUAACAGGUUGUGCAACCGUUAGUGAUGUUACAAAAGAUAUGGUACAACAUGAAUCUCAUUAUAGUCAUUUGUAAAAAAUAUAAUGUAAAAUUAAUUUAAUCAUAUAAGUUAUUCAGAAUAAGUAUUCAUAAGUAUAAAAUCAAAAACCGUUUCGAUGAAUGUAAUUUUUAAGAUUAUUUAAAAAUGAUAGAUCUAAAAUCAUUUUAAGUUCUUAAAAGUGUAACUUUAAGAAUAUUUUAAAGAUACUCCAAUAUUUAUUUUACACUUUCUCUAAUAACUGAUAUAUUUUAUAUUUACGUUGAUUGAUUUCUUUUUUUAAAUUGAACAAUGUAUAAAAAAAAAAA